AUGGUGAACGAGCGGAAUGAGCAAAGCACCAACAAGAACGAAACGUCCUUCGGGCUGGAGAUGUCACAGACGGGCUUCUCCUCUCACGUGGUGGAGGACGGGAUUCUGCUGGGAGCCGUUGGUGCCUAUGACUGGAACGGAGCUGUGCUCAAGGAGACCAGUGGCGGGAAGGUCAUCCCCCUCCGAGAGUCCUACCUGAAGGAGUUCCCCGAGGAGCUCAAGAACCACGGCGCGUAUCUGGGGUACACAGUCACAUCGGUCGUGUCCUCCAGGCAGGGGCGGGUGUACGUGGCUGGAGCCCCCCGGUUCAACCACACCGGCAAAGCCAUCCUGUUCACCAUGCACAACAACCGGAGUCUCACCAUCCACCAGGCCCUGCGGGGCGAGCAGAUAGGCUCUUACUACGGGAGUGAGAUCACCGCGGUGGACAUCGACAGCGACGGUGUGACUGACGUCCUGCUGGUGGGCGCCCCAAUGUACUUCAGCGAGGGCUGGGAGCAAGGCAGGGUGUACGUCUACAACCUGAGACAGAACCGCUUUGUUUACAACGGGACACUGAAGGAUUCCCACAGCUACCAGAACGCCCGAUUCGGGGCCUCCAUCGCCUGGGUGCGCGACCUCAAUCAGGACUCCUACAACGACGUGGUGGUGGGAGCCCCUUUGGAGGACAGCCACGGAGGAGCCAUCUACAUCUUCCACGGGUGCCGAGGCAGCCUCCUCAAGACGCCCAAGCAGAGAAUCGCUGCCUCGGAGCUGGCUCCCGGCCUCCAGUAUUUCGGCUGCAGCCUCCACGGGCAAUUGGACCUCAACGAGGAUGGGCUCGUGGACCUGGCGGUGGGCGCCCUGGGCAACGCUGUGAUUUUGUGGUCCCGCCCCGUGGUUCAGCUCAACGCCAGCCUCCACUUCGAGCCGCCCAAGAUCAACAUCUUCCACAGGGACUGCAAGCGCAGCGGCAGGGACGCCACCUGCCUGGCCGCCUUCCUCUGCUUCACGCCCGUCUUCCUGGCCCCGCACUUCCAAACAGCGACAGUCGGCAUCAGGUACAAUGCCACCAUGGAUGAGAGGCGGUACACGCCACGAGCCCACCUGGAUGAGGGCGGGGACCGAUACACAAACAGGGCUGUCCUGCUCUCCUCCGGCCAGGAGCACUGUGACCGGAUCAGCUUCCAUGUCCUGGACACCGCUGACUACGUGAAGCCAGUGGCCUUCUCGGUGGAGUACUCCUUGGAGGACCCCGACCACGGCCCCAUGCUGGACGAUGGCUGGCCCACCACCCUCAGAGUCUCGGUUCCCUUCUGGAAUGGCUGCAAUGAGGAUGAGCACUGUGUCCCUGACCUCCUGCUGGAUGCCCGCAGUGACCUGCCCACAGCCAUGGAGUACUGCCAGAGGGUGCUGAGGAAGCCCACUCAGGACUGCUCCGCCUACACGCUGUCCUUCGACACCACGGUUUUCAUCAUCGAGAGCACGCGCCGGCGGGUGGCGGUGGAGGCCGUGCUGGAGAACAGGGGCGAGAACGCCUAUAGCACCGUCCUAAAUAUUUCACAGUCAGCAAACCUGCAGUUUGCCAGCUUGAUCCAGAGGGUAAGACCGCAGUGA